GAGCCAGUACCUAUCUUUGCGAUGACGAAUCAUGGUCAUUUCUCAACCAAUGUCUACGAAGCUCGUGGAGGGAAGGGAGAAGAUGCCGGAGAACGCGGAUGACCGUGGCUCAUGGAUAAAACGCUCGUUCGACACGUACAUGCUCUUGGUGCAAGCGGUUGGAGGGCGCCAGCUGGAUCACAUCAAGGAGCUGCUUGGAGAUCCUGAGUGUGGACCAAAGGCAUGGAAGAAGCUGCAAGAUAUCCACUCACCAACUCACGCGAGCGGCAUUGUGCUAUUGGCGCGUCGAUUGCGCGACAUCAAAUUCGUGGAUGGAGAGCCACUGCAACCGGUUUUGGAUGAGCUGCGGGAUAUCUUCUCCAAAUUGCAAGCGGGAGGAUUGGUCUACCCUGAGCUCGUGCAGUGUGUGGAGAUUGUCAUCAGAUUGCCGGAGUCUUGGUCUGCUCUUGCUAUCAACCUCAACUCUCAGCAAUCCCAGUGGAGCUUGGAGUACAUUCGCGCACGGAUCUUGGAGGAAGAUCUACGGCGACAGAGUGUGGAUCGCUCGGGGGAUGCUGCUGGUUAUGGAGUUGGAGGAGGGAGGAGUGGCUUUAAGAAGAAGUGAAAGGGCAAGAAGAAUGACAACUCUCAGGAGGAGAGUACUGGAGGUCAAGACAGGAGCCAAGGAGAUGUAUGCUUCUAUUGCAAGAAGCGCGGUCAUCGCUGGAGAAAGUGCUAUCAACGGCCUAAGGACUGGACCCCACCUUCAUGGACCAAUCAGCAAGGAGGCAAAAGGAGUGGGGGAGUUAUGGGAGCUGGUGGAGAGGAGGAUGAGGAGGAGAAAGGCGGCAAAGUGGGUGAGCGGCGGCCCGGUUUCUUCUUCUUUGUGAACGAGGGUGCUGCGGAUCCAGCAAUGGCUGCCAAGGUUCUUCUACAUCCGCUAUCUCAUUGGGUCAUUGAUUCUGGAAGCUCCU